CCUGCCCGUGAGCAAUCUCCCAAUUCAUCUCUGGUACAAAUAUUUUUCCAACUAUGCGAAGUUUUUGUUAUUGGAAUAUGCCAAUUAAUGUGAAAUUCCGAUUUCCACGUGCUUGCAUAAUUUUAUAACAACAUGUUUCCACCGUGUUGCACGUUAAAUUAAACAGUCCUCGUUAUUGGCCAUUAUUUUACUGUUAAGAAUUAAUAGACAAAUUAAGAUCAAAUAGAAAUGGGGAUUGACAGCAUACAGGAACGAAGACUGUUAUUAUUCUACUCCUCGUUUACGUGCAUUUAUUUCUCAAGUGUGCUAACACUCCUCAAAUUGCAUAAUAACUUAGAUAGUGUUAGAACUUUUAAAUGUAUUCCAAUCUUAAUUAUUUUAAUGUUUUCUGAAGCAUUGAAAUUUGUGUUUUUAUACUUUAAAUCUGAACAGCCUGUUUUAGGGAAACUCGAAUCACGAACAUCUUUCCAAUCCAAGAAAACCUGGAUGAGGUUUCUGAGGAACUUUAUUAAAUUUAUUAUCAUCUCGUUUACUCUAUCAAUUAUUUAUUAUAUCACAAUUGUACUUUUUGGAGCACCGAUGGUAUCUCAUUUCGAGGAAACAGCUACGUUAACUAUUACUUUAACUGUUCUGACAUUUGUUUUGGUAAGCUCGCAAAUAGGGGUCGAUGAAGCAUUGUUUAUUUUAUGUGGUUUACGAAAGAAUGAUUGUAAUUUAUUAACACGUGCGGCUGAGACUCACACAAAGGUGACUCUUUUAGGAGCAUGGUUAGGUGCUAUUGUAAUUCCUCUCGAUUGGGAUCGACCAUGGCAAUCUUGGCCAAUUCCCUGUGUAAUCGGUGCGCUCCUCGGCUAUACAGUAGCUCAUUCUAUUACAGCGAUACAAACUCUCUUAACACUGAAGUUAAACAAGAAAUUACAUAGGUAAUCAAAUUUAUCCUUUACGACCUGUAUAAAGUUUUGUAUUAAAUUUAUUAGGAAUUGGAAAAAAAUAAAAUCAUUCCAAACCAUC